AUGUCCACCAUGAUUGCCUGCCUGGGCCGCUCCCGGUGCGCGGGCGUCGCGGGCGGGGUCGAUGUCGACGAGGUCCGGCGCGGGGAGGACGAGUUCCCGCUCGGCGAGGCCCGCGCGUCCCCGAAACGGGGCGUUCUGGCAAAGCUGGUGGCGUGGCAUCCAGGGGCCAGUCCGAAGGGCAGCGCGGGUUCCGGGACCGGGCCGUCCUCCCCAGGCGGGCUCGUGCUCCAGGACCAGGCGGGGGCGAGCACGUCGGUGGCGCGGCGGCGCACCCGGAGCCGGUCUGCGCGAUCCGAGACGACUGCGAGCGCGGGGAUGCUCGCUGCGCUGUCCGGGCAGGCGGAGGUGCGCGCGGAGCCGGCGGACCAUGGAUCGUCGAGAGUUCUGCGCAAACUAACGAAGGCCCGGCAGGACUCCUCGCGCGGGGACGCGGCGGCCCGGACGGAGCGGGCCCUGGUGGACCAGUUCCACAAGGCGUUCGUCACGGCGCUGCACACGGCCGACAAGACGUGGGCGCAACGCUGCGAGUGGAUGCUGGCGCCCGAUUGCAAGAUGGUCCUGGAGGGCAAGAAAGGGCAGGCCGAGCAGAUCACGCGCGGGAGGAAGGACAUCAUCAAGAAGCUCAACGCGGCGAUCGAGGCGGCCGCGGGGAUCCUGCUGCAGAACAACGUCAGCGUCGCGGACCUCCACAAGAUCCUCCUCGUGUCCGACCCCGAGCCUCGCGGCCACGGCCGCUGGCUCCUUGCCCUGCUUGUCAAACGGGGCCUCGUGCGCUACUCGUCCGAGAUGACCGUUCGCAUCAAGGGCGGCCAGAUCGUGCGGAUCCGCCAGAACCGCUGA